AAUCCCACACUCCGCCCUCUCCCCCGCCCGGCGGGUGCUGCGUUGGACAUGUUCGGCGAUCGGCUGGCUGCCCCUAGCCCCAGCGCCCAGUGUGUCCCUUGUCUCCCGUUCCAAGAUGGCGGCCGCGGGCGGUGGCGGCGCGGCGGGAAGUGGCAGUGCAGAGUGAGGCGACUGCACCGCCUCCCCACCCUGCGGCUGCGGGCCGGCACCGGAGGGCCGGCGGGCCCUGUCGGCCCUGAGCGGCCCUGCCGCCGGGGCACACUCGGGCCUGCUGCAGGGACGGAGCCGCGGGCUGCUGCGAGGCCGGAGCCUGCGCGGACCUUUUCCUGUAGAUGGGAACGGGGAAAGGAGCCCAGACGUGGCAACACAAUCUCAGGCUCCUGCAGGACCACCAUGGCUUACGAUGACUCCAAGAAGAAAGAAGAGUUCCUAGAGAGUGACCGAAGUGUUGAUGACGUGGGGCUGGCAACUGGCAGGAUACAGCGGGAGAAAAAACACUCUUACAAGGAACCACUGCAAGAGGAAGAUGAGAUAGCAACUCAGGUCAGGAAGCCCUCAGAGAAAAGGUUGAAGGACACUGAGCUUUUUCCGAGGUUAGAACCUCACAAAAAGAAGAGAAAGCACUCCGAUGAGUUCUGCCACAAAGGUGUUUCACCUUUGGAUCUACCAUCAAAGAAGAAGAAAAAAGCAGUUUCUAGCCCGUCUUCAGCUGAUACAACCAUGGAUUUACUCAAGGCUAUCACCUCACCUUUGGCCACAAGCUCAAAGGCUUCAAAGAAGACCUCUGAAAAAUCAUCUUACUCUUCCUCUGGCCAUUCUGAAAGCAAAAAGGAGCACCACAAGAAGAAGCUGAGUGGCAGCAGUGGGGAACACUCAGUGGAUGAUAGCAGCUUCCACAAAUCUAAAAAAAUGAAACCUCUCUAUGUGAACACAGAAACUCUUACUCUCCGGGAACCUGAUGGCUUGAAGAUGAAGCUCAUCCUGUCACCAAAAGACAAAAGUGGUACUGCAGAUGAUGAUUCUUUCUCCUACUCUUCAGCUCCAUCAGCUGCAAAGAAAUCUUCAAAGAAAUCAUCUCGAGAUGAGCAAGGCUCCGUCCUGUUAGGUCAUGAACUGCCGAGCUUCCUGAAGUCAUCUCGGAAGAAGCACAAACCACCUUCAGACUCGAAUCCACCUUCUGAGAGCUUUGGUGCUGACACUUCCCUUUUUUCUGAGGGCCAUGGGAGCGAGUAUGAAGUUUCAGGUAUGGAGGCACCACCAGAAUCUGGUUCCUCUUCUGGUGGGGAGUUGGAGGCUGGAGAACUAGUGAUAGAUGACUCCUACCGAGAAAUCAAGAAGAAGAAGAAGUCGAAGAAAAGUAAGAAAAAAAAAGACAAGGAGAAACAUAGAGAGAAGAAACACUCUAAAUCUAAAAAGAGUUCUGGACAUGCUUCUGUGGCAGUAGCAGAAGUAACGGUGUCACCACCACCUCCUUCCGGUACUCCAUAUGUUCUUCCCCCACCUCCUCCUGCUAUUUUCCACUCGGAUGGUCAAGGUGAGAAAAGGAGGAAAAAGGAAGACAAGGAGAAGGACAAAGCUGAGAAAUGGGAAAAAGAAAAGGAAAGAGAAAAGGAAAAAGAAAAGGAAAGAGAAAAGGAAAAGGAAAAAGAAAGAGAAAGAGAAAAAGAAAGAGAAAAAGAAAGAGAAAAGGAAAAAGAAAGAGAAAAGGAAAGAGAAAGAGAAAAACCAAAGAAGAAAAACAUGUCUGCCUAUCAAGUGUUCUGCAAGGAGUAUCGUACAACUAUUGUGUCUGAACACCCUGGGAUAGAUUUUGGAGAGCUAAGUAAAAAACUGGCAGAAGUGUGGAAGCAGCUACCUGAGAAAGAUAAACUGAUCUGGAAACAGAAAGCUCAGUAUCUCCAACACAAGCAGAAUAAAGCAGAAGCCACCACUGUGAAGAGAAAGGCCUCAUCUUCAGAUGGUGCACCAAAAAUAAAAGCUUCUCCAACAGGAGUGAUUUCCCCUCAUAAGAAAUCUCCUACCAGCACUGUGGUGAUGUCUUCCUCACCAGCCAAACUCCCUGAGACAGAUCCUAUCGAUGUAGCUGCACACUUACAGUUGUUGGGUGAAUCUCUGAGCCUCAUUGGACACAGACUGCAGGAAACAGAAGGAAUGGUGGCUGUUUCAGGAAGUUUGUCUGUACUUCUAGAUUCAAUCAUCUGUGCUUUGGGCCCUUUAGCUUGUCUGACCACACAACUGCCUGAGUUGAAUGGCUGCCCUAAGCACGUUUUGUCAAACACACUAGACAACAUUGCCUACAUCAUGCCUGGACUUUGAUGGGAAAGGAUCCUGGGAUGUACUUAACCUCUGCGGAACUGACUUGUGUACAUAAGUACUACACCGGCACUCCCAAAGGGCUCCGUGUGUAGGGUUUUAAAGUUUUAUAUCUUUAUGGUAUAUACAUAGGAUUAUAACUAUUUGACUUCUCUUUUAUGAAAAGUUGUGAAGUUAAGCUGAGAAAAACCCUUUGUGUUUGUGGGUGAAAUGUCCUCCAAUCUGAAAGUAUUUUAUAUGAAGCAUUCAGAAAGCUUUUGAGAUACUUGCCUUAAAUUCAGAUCCGUUAGUGGGGGAAGCAGACAGAGAAUGGACUUCUUGAAAACAACAACAAAAAAAAGUCACCAUGAGAAGAGCUCGUUGAAACAGGUGGCCAGGAGAGGUUCCUGAUUGUACUUAACAACCGAAUGAGCAAUCUGCUCUAGCUGGGCUUUCUUUUAGCAGGGAGAUGAGCCAGAUGACUUCCUGAUAUCCCUUCCAACCUAAAUUAUUCUGAUAUUCUAGAGGCAGGUGGAGGUGAUAAUAUAUUUUGAACCAAGGAAUAGAUCCAAACUGUUCACCAGCCCUAUUUCUAAAUGGUUUUCAGUUUAAAAUCUGCUUAAGGAGAAUGAUGCAUAGCUGAUCAAAGAUACAGAGGUCUUUGCCUCUUGGUCACUUCUUCUAAACCCCUCUUCAUUUAGUAGCAACUGAAAGUUGUCAACCUCAGCUGGCUGGUCUGGUAGCUGAUGAUUGAAGUGGAAGAUGACAACAAAUUUAAUCUUUUCUUGUGGAUUUGUACCCAAAUCAUCAUUAGCACAGUAUCUCAACCAGCUUGAGAGAACAAACCUCCGGAUGAUUUUCCAAGGGCAUGGUCAGCCUGCUUUGAUGAAGAGGAGUGUGGAAGCAGAUGGGGAAAAACUUGAAUUGCUUCUGCCCAUCUCAUACCUAUUUUGUCAAGAGACAACUGGUUUCCAAGAUUGCUCAUCCCCCAUGCCUUUCACCAGCAGUAUUGAAAGAGCUGUGGUGCUGCUGUGAGGCAGUGACUAAUGACCAGUUUAAAGCAGUUACGGCUGAGUAAGGCACAUGUGGGUUGCUUGGACUGAUUCCCCUUCCUUCCAGCCACGUAUUUGGUGUAUGGUUUUCUGCUCCUCUGGAAGAGGAGGCACAGGAGAGCGCUUGAUUCUCAUAUAGGCUUUUGUGUGUCUGUAUGUACGUGUAUGUGGUGUUCAUAUCAUGUGUAUUUAACUUCUGCCAGUAUCUGUAACAGAUUUUAAUUUAUCCUGUAUAUUUCUCUGUGUGUGUGUGUGUGUAUAUAUAUAUACAUAAUUUAAAAGCAAAAGCCCCUCCCUUCAUCAACCUUGUGGAAAAAAAUAAUCAAGUUGGCCUCACUCCACUUCAUACAGGAAUCUGCUGUAUGCGUAGCAGUAAGGAUUGCCACGGUAUGGGGAAACAUCAGGAAGGUUUUAAGUAUUUGUAGAAACAAGCUAUCUUGUGAAGAUAGGUAGAACAACUGAAGUGUAAUUUGACUCUAGUCUUUCCAGCCUCUUAACACAAAAAAGCUUUUAAAUGACAGAAGAGCAGUUUUUUACUUCCAGUGUGAAGUCUAGCCUCUGUUUUUUUCAGGACAGUUGAAAAUGAGCUGUCCUUCGUUGUGGCUGAGCUCCAAAUCACAUUUAAAUUAAAUCCUCAGGUGUGCAGGAGGGGUUUUCUCCCCUGUUCCUCUUUAUCGUGUAUUCCCCACCUGUGCCUGUACAAGGUAGCCUGUCUCUUACAUAGCUUUUCUCAGUGCAGUGGAAGAGGCAGAAGGUUCUCAGACUACAAGAUCUCAACCCAAGCCUCAGACCACAGCACGCAGGCAUUAACUAUACAUGACUAAUCCCAGUGAGCCUGGAACUGGGAAGAUCCUGGGAGGAAGGCAGUCCAAUCCCACUUAAGAUCCUGGCCCAUACUAAAGCAUGUUACUGGGAGUGGCACAAAAUCACUGUCUCAGCCCUAUACAGUUUAAAGCAUGGCAGGUAGAGAGAUCUGCUCUCAAAGGAACAGAAAGGGAUCAGCUUUAGCUUUGUCAUCUGUACAAUGGAAAACUCUUCAAGAGUGAAAAACACACACAGCCCUGGUGUAUUGUAUUUUUAUUAAAAUUUGUACACUUUGUAUAAUCUCUAUCUUGUGGUAUUUGGUGCUAGCAGGAAACCUUUGGCAAGACUUAGCAGUUUUUAUAAUUUUUGUUAUUUCCUUGCUGUUUGAUCCAGAUUACAUUGCAAUUAUACAAAGACACUUUUUUGUACUGUACUUACAAUAUAUUUUUUUUUAACA